AUGGUUAAAGUUGCUAUUAUCAUUUACUCAUUAUAUCAUCAUGUCUACGAUUUAGCAUUGGCUGAAAAAGCUGGUGUUGAAUCUGCAGGUGGGGAAGCCGAUAUCUACCAAGUCGCUGAAACAUUGCCUGAUGUUGCGUUAGAGAAAAUGCAUGCACCACCUAAGCCAGAUAUCCCCGUUGCCACAGCUGACACUUUGUUAAAGUAUGAUGCCUUCUUAUUUGGUAUUCCUACAAGAUUUGGAAACUUCCCCAAUCAAUGGAAGAACUUUUGGGAUCGCACUGGAGGUAUCUGGCUGAAGCAGGAGUUGAGAUACAAGUACGCUGGUGUGUUUGUGUCUACUGGUACCCCGGGAGGUGGGCAAGAAGCAACAGUUAUCAAUUCGCUCAGUACUUUGACCCACCAUGGUAUUAUUUAUGUUCCUUUUGGGUACGGUUACGCUGAUAUGACCAAUUUGGAGGAAGUUCAUGGUGGAUCACCUUGGGGUGCCGGUACUUUUGCGGGAUCAGACGGAUCACGUAAGGUGACAGAGUUAGAGAAAGGGUUUGCCAAACAACAAGGCCAUGACUUUUACAAAGUUAUUUCUAAAGCCUUAUAA